AUGCUACAGGGCGAUGGCGAGCCUGAAGUUACCAAUACUUUUUGUCACCACUGCAGACGUACACAAACCAGACCCAAGAUGCAAUGUUCCAAGCGCCGUCCAGACCGGACAAUAUGCGGGAAACGGUUUUGCAACGGAUGCAUCCUGAACCGGUACCCCGAUAUAGUAUUUGCCCCCGAUAACAAGGACUUCGUCUGUCCGGUCUGCCUUGAUACCUGCAACUGCUCCAUAUGCUCGCGGAAACGCGGGGAGGAAUAUAUCUCCAUGCGUGGAGGCGGAUUUGCAGGGUCUCGCACCAAGUCGGGCAUUUUGCUUGUGCCUGAUGAUUCCCGUGUCCAGGACGUCAGGAUGACACCUGAACCUCCCAAAAGUACGCCACAGAAAAUGUUCUGGGCUCACGUUUAUGGUCUUGAAGGCGAACGCGUCGGCCGUGCAUUUAUCGACGACGCUAGCGCCUCUGCCCCCGUCCGGCACACACAACCGGUCAAACAGCGCGCCCAAAACGUGCAAUCGAAACAGAAAAUAAAAGCGAAGCUGAAGAAGCCGAAGGUAUUCGUUGGAAUGCCUUUACGCGAGUGGAAAAUUCGCACUAUUAGGGAUCUUGAGCCUAGCGCUGUGAUUUCGCCUUUCGUCCCGGGUGAAAACCACUCAGGGAAAGGCAAGGGUAGGGCUGUCGAACGACCACGAGUAUAUAUCGGCGAUGCGAAGUGGUUGUAUGUGCCGUAUACGCGUAUGCCUGUCUCAUCAUACUCUUCGUGGGCAUCAUCGCCGGAUUCGGAAUUGGACUCGGACGGGACGUUGACGCCGUUGGAGGAUUUAGAAGAAGGGAUGGGGUGGCCGCAGCCUGAGGUGGGGGAAUCCGUGACCGUAACGUGGGGGUCGACGCGUGCGCCAGAACGGAGGGUCUAG